AGGCACUAUUACCGGACAACUGCGUUUCUACUGGCUUGACAAAAGCGACGGAUAUUUUUCAGAGGCUGGUCUGCUAACACAGUCGGGCCCUGUUGAUAUUUGAAAUCGGAUUUGUGUAUUCGUCUAUAUUUCGUUCAUUAUGCCUACUAUCAAACUGCAAAGCUCAGAUGGAGAGAUAUUUGAAGUGGACGUUGAAAUUGCAAAACAGUCGGUGACCAUAAAGACUAUGCUGGAAGAUUUGGGAAUGGAUGAUGAAGGAGAUGAUGACCCUGUACCUCUGCCCAAUGUUAAUGCAGCCAUUCUGAAGAAGGUGAUCCAAUGGUGCACCCACCACAAAGAUGACCCCCCUCCCCCCGAGGACGACGAGAACAAAGAGAAGAGGACAGACGACAUCCCCGUGUGGGACCAGGAGUUCCUCAAAGUGGACCAGGGAACACUCUUUGAGCUUAUUCUGGCUGCAAAUUAUUUGGACAUCAAGGGGUUGCUGGAUGUCACAUGUAAGACGGUAGCAAACAUGAUCAAAGGAAAAACUCCUGAGGAAAUCAGGAAGACGUUCAACAUCAAGAAUGAUUUCACAGAGGAAGAGGAAGCGCAGGUACGCAAGGAGAACCAGUGGUGUGAAGAAAAAUAGGACCGGUCCUGCGGACAAUAACGCGCUGCGAGGAUCGUUCCGAACACUGGUUGCACUGCGCUGUCCAUACUUGUUAAUAUUGCAUCAGAUAACUAGAGUGGCAGACCCUCGUGUACUUAGCAUGACCAUUUCCAUUGCUUGUAUGUUGCAAAUAAUUUAAAGGUUUUUUUUUUUUCCCGUUUUUUUCCCUUCAGUUUUUACAGGUUUACAGAAGCUUAUUUCCAUUUCACAUUUAAAGUGGACUUUAAUUUUAAUGAAGUUAAGCCCCCUCCUGUUUUGAAACUGUUUUAGUUGUAUUUUUUUUACUGAACUUUUUUUUUUCUUUUGCGUUUAUGAUAGUUUGUUUGUUUGAUUUUCAUAAUGACUCAUGCUGAAUUUUGUAAAUGCUGACUGCAGAUUCAUACAUAUGCUGUCCUCUUCAAGACAAAUGCAACAAAAAACAAACAAAAAAACAAACUAAAUAAAUUCAGUAAGUAUAAGGACUUUUGAUUUUGAGUAUAUCUGUCUGGUUGUCCCUGUAGAGUUUUGGAUUUGGGGUACUUUUCAGCAAAGUAAAUGUGCUGUCAUGAUCGAGUGUUACCUUUUAUUGUACAGGGAAGAAAACAAUUGUUGUAUUGAGCUCUGAAGAUGACCUUUAGGAUUGGCCGAAAUAAAACAUCGGAAAAAGAA